CCCCCCCCCCCCCACCCCAUACACACCCACCUCCUUCCUCUUUCCCCAAUUUAGCUCCACGCCUGGCAGCCGCCGGAUUGCUGUUUCGUCGCUAGAAGGACGACAUCAUGGCAGGAGGACUGAAGAGCACCGAGCCUGAGGAGGAGUUUGUGCGCUCGCCCUUCAUCCGAAAGCAAGGCAACAUUUACAAGCCCAACAACAAGAAGCAAACGCACCAGGACGGCGGCGACAUGGACAACGACAGCCUCAACGAGAAGUCCAUGAUGGACGACGUGCACACCAAGGAGAUCGACCUGGUCAACCGAGACCCCAAGCACAUCAACGACGACGUGGUCAAGGUGGACUUCGUGGACGUGAUCGCGGAGCCAGCGGGCACGUAUAGCUUCGACGGCGUGUGGAAGGCCAGCUUCACCACCUUCACCGUCACCAAGUACUGGUGCUACCGCCUGCUGACAGCACUGGUGGGCAUUCCGCUGGCGCUGGUGUGGGGCAUCUUCUUUGCCAUCCUGUCCUUUGUGCACAUCUGGGCAGUAGUGCCCUGUAUCAAGAGCUACCUGAUCGAGAUCCACUGCGUUAGCCGCGUCUACUCCAUCUGCGUGCACACCUUCUGCGACCCGCUCUUCGAGGCCAUGGGAAAGUGUUUCAGCAACGUGCGGAUCAGCACCACCAAGGAGGUGUAGGCGCCAUACUGAAGAGGAUUCAUAGGAAUUCAUGGGGGUGUGGGGGGUUGGUGGGACAGAGUCUGAUAGGACAUUUUCACAGGUUGGACAUUCCAAGUUGAGGGACUGGGAGGGGGGUGGUAUUUCUUUGUGUUCUAGACCUUUCCCUCAUGUUUUAAUCUAUUAAAAUCCAAGUGCACACAAAAGCCCCUCCACGCUGGCCAUCGAAACUGUCUUUUUCCCAGCUCGUUGUCCUUUGUGUAAGGUAACGGAUACAAGAAGGGUGUGUGGUGGGGUGAGGGUUGAAGUUGACCUGCAAAUUGGCCAUCUUCGGGUAUAGUAUCAGAGGAAGAUGGUGUCAACUUUACCACCCUGGGCUUACUGGCCACGCCCCUUUGUGCCAACGCAAUUGUGGCUAUCCCAGACACAUCUUAUUUAUCAGAAUGUCCCUCAAUGUUCCAACUUCAGCGGGUUCUGCCUUCAAGGCACACGCAAAUAAAUGACGAAUAAAUAAAUGAAUUGGCAGGAAGCUGGUAUGAAUGUGGCGUAAGAGAAUUGGUCUGAUUUUUAGCCCAAUUCCCCCCCUUACUAAUAAAAUCUGCAGAAGCAAGCUUUUGACAUAGUAUUAGAAGCGGAUCGCUGGAAAAGUGUUAAACUUUUAAUGCCACAGAUUCAUUGGCCACACCCCUCCGUGUCGAAAGCAGUUGUCGCUGUCCCAAACACAUCUCAUUAUCUAAAUCUAUUAAGUUGCAACAGCCCUGUAUACGCACAAUUUCCCCCCUUCUGAGGGUUGUCUCUGAGUGGCUGUUAGGGUUAUGCCUCCGAUGUGCCAAGUUGUAAGGCAUUAAGAUAACCUAGCCGAUUUUGAGCUCGAUUCUGCCCCCUUACAAACAUAAUCUGAAUAAACCGGCUUUUGACAUAAGGAGUAUUGGAGGUGUAACUCGGAAGUCAAGGUACCAUUGAAAGCUGCAAUGGUUGUGUGAACGCAAAAUUCGUCUCGUUCUGUUUUAAAGGCAGAUGUGAAUGAAUGCCAGUACUUACCGUUAUGUUUCUGAUGUGACAAAAGGUUUAAAAAUGUCCGAUUAUGAACCCGGUUCCGGCCCUUCUGUACAAAAUCGUCAAAAACCAGAAUAUUGGAUGUCUCUUCAGAUUAUCCUGCGGUGUGAGGUGUGUUGAAGUGUGAUUUUUUUUCCAACAAUUUACAAUUAAAAAAAUCCUGCCGCAGACAACAGGUAAUCAGGAAACGAGCCAAAGCCGGUUUCAGCUGCAAUAGAAGUUAAGGAGUUAGCUUAAAGCUAGCCCAACGUCUUCUACUUCUACUCCGACUCUUGAUUGUGGUUGAUUGAUUUUUAUUCUCAUUUGUGGGGUCCCUUUAUGUGUGUACCGGGUUUAGACAAACCGACAUUCACCUUGUUCAUGUUUGCUCAUGGAAGGACGGUGGUCGCAGCGCUAGCUCGGCGGUGGCCCGAAUCCUGCUGACACCAAACAAAACCAAACAACCAUUGAUCCUUUUGCCCCCGCUGUGACCUCAGAAAACCACCCCCCGUCCCUCCGCCCCCCGACCUGGCUUUGCUGCAGUCAGACACACUGAACCCGCCGCCACCCUUUUUUUCGCCGUCCGCCACCCUGGAGACCAACACACCGCCUGCACUUAUUCACUUGCUUCAGCUUAUGAAAAAAAAAAUGCAAUUCACCUUUGCGCUUCCCUUUUUAGCCUCCUGCUUGAAAACACGAAGAACUUGGGGCGGCUUACUUUAGCGGCUAACUAACAUACUGUACCUGCAUACUGCCAUUAUUGCGUAUCAACGUGAACAAUAUGCAAUAAAACUGAAUGUCGCUGCCUGCUAACGGUUUGUUUUAGCUUAGCAUAGUCUGCUAGCUCGCUAGCUAGCUAGGUGACGACUGAUUUCUUGUAAAGACUUGACUUAGACUCUCUUUGCUUUUGAGUUGUUUUCACAUACGACAGAAAAACAACGUUGGUGAUUAGCGCGUUAACGUUUUUCGUAAAGAACUAACACUUUGUUAAAAACGUAAAAAGCUGACACAAAGUGGGAGGUGCUUUUUGUGUUGCCAUUUAAGAACUCAAUGUGAUAUCUCCCAUCAGGCAAGGGGAGGGCUCAGCUUUUCACGUUUGCAUGCUUUGUCUCUCUUUCUGUCUACCUGCUGUCUUUUUUCCCUCUCACAGGAGGCUCAAAAGGUGAUAUUUUUAUAUAUAAAGUUUUUCACCUUGCUUUAAUUGUACAAUACCAUGCUGUGCACAUUAAAGUUGAAUAUGACCA